AUGGCCGAAGUUAAUAAUCCCGAGACAAUGCAAAGUCUCUGUAAAAAAUUUGAAGCAAUAUUAAGAUCAGGUGCUACACAAUUAUCACCCGAAGCAAUUAGUGAUAUAAUUACUGCUAAGGAUUCAGCAAAUGCCUUACGGAAUCUAGCUAAAAAAUAUAAUGUAUCAUAUGAACGAAUUCGUGAAAUAUGGGAAUUCGCUAUUGCGAUAAAUAAUUAA